AUGCCCAAUAUUUUCAAAAAUAGGUUCAGUACUCUUGAUCUAGUGAAGUACGCCAUAAUAUGUUCAAUUGGAACUGGUAUGAUAUACGGUCCCGUACAAUACAGUUGUAUUUCUGGUAAGAAUUCAUACACCGUAAACAUCGCCCUAUUCAUUGCAUCAAUAUUUGAACAGUUAAUUGCACAGUGUUACGCUGAGUUGAAGUGUAUUCUGCCACAAGAAGGCGGUGACUUCCUGUACAUUGAGCAGUUCUUCUCUGGUUCUGCUGGAACAGCCUAUGCCCUUGUGAUGCUAAUAGUUUAUACGACUGGUGCCAAUUCAUUCACAAUCAAUCUGCUACUCGAUGUCUUCAAAAUAUCCAACAAUCGGGCCAUUUGGAGUCUGCUGCUUUCGCUAAUCAUCAUUCCAAUCACACUCAUCCCAGUCUACGCCAGAAAGAGGGUGAUGCGGCUCAUUUCAAUUCUCCAAUUUGCUGCUGUAUUUCUGAUUCUACUAUCCCUGCCACUUGCAGUUGGAUUCAAGAAAGAAAACAGGCUGAUUUCAACCACAAAACACGUUGUUAGGGCGCCAGUGACUCUGAAGACGCUUCUGCUGGUAUUUGCCAAAAUGCAUUACACUUUCUGUGGAAUAUUCUCAUGCAACAGCCUUCAUAAAGAUGUGACUGGUAAUUUGUAUUUGCCAUAUCUCAUUUCAGCCUCCACAAUUUACGUUCUUUACGUCGUGGUAACGAAUUCACUCUUCCACAUCUACAGAAAUGAAACAGGCGAAAUCGACUACGAAAACGUGCUUGGAUUCCUACCAGGCAAAUCCAAUACAGUUGCAUGCAUGGGAAUAUGCUUUGCGCUCUAUUUCGGUGGGUUCUUUGCUAACGGAUUCACGGCCACUGACAACUUGAACUAUUUGAUCAAAAAGUACAAAAUGAGAAAGAACACGAAUUACGCAGCAGCAGUGGCAUCUGCUGGCAUCGCAUUCUCAUUCUCAUUCAUCGAACUGAACAGAGUGAUGGCAGUGCUAUCGAUGCUGCUGAUUCUCUCCACUACGCUCUCAAUCACGGGGAUAAUCAUUCACAGUAGGAGGAAUCCAACUUACAGAAUCAAAGUGCCCAAGUUUCUGAUCUAUUCUGCAAUAGCAGGGUGUAUAGUGACACUGGUUGCUAAUGGUUUCGCAUUGGUUAGUUAA